UCCUACCAUCUUGCAGCAGAAGAUUGUUCUAGGAAAUUGCAGAGCCAAGAAGGAAACACGGUGAUAAGCUUAUGUAUCCUACAAUAGAUGAACCUGAGAUAUAUCCAGAGUAUAGCCGUCCAGGUUAUGUCCUUCCAAAUUAUGGGACUCCACGCGUUUCUUCUGCUCCUCCCACCAUCAUGAGGCAUUCUGUUCCAACGCCUCAGUGGUCAAGUGAUCUUUUCCAUUGUGUUGAUGAUCCUUCACUUUGUUUAGUCACUUGCCUCUGCCCUUGUUUUACUUUUGGGCGCAUCGCAGAGAUUGUAGAUAAAGGCAAUCCAACAUGUGGUUCAAGCGGCCUUUGUUAUGGGUUAUUAGCUCCCACUGGACUCGCAUGCCUGUAUUCUUGCAAUUAUCGCUCAAGAAUGAGGGCACAAUAUGACUUACCAGAAGCUCCAUGUAUGGAUUGCUUUGUUCAUUUCUGCUGUGAGGCUUGCGCUCUGUGCCAGGAGUACAGACAGCUGAAGCAUUAUGGAUUUGACCUCAGCUUAGGAUGGGAAGCCAACAUGGAAAGGUCAAGAAGGUUUGGGGUUACGGUAGCCCCAGCUAUACCAACUGGCAUGACGAGAUGAAAGUGAAGGAUUCAAUUGGGAGGUUUAUUUUUCCCUGCUAGCAUGGGACCUCUUGAUGCUGGUUCAAACCCUGUGUGAAUUCUGCGUGCGCUGUGCUGUUAGGUUUGAGUGCUUUUUGUCAAUAUUAAGCAAAAUAAAAUGUGCUCUUGUACAUCCAAAAAAGGGAAAAAGAAAAAUCUAGUUUGUUUCUUUUGC